AUGACACUUUUCUUGUUCCGCCUUCUCUCUGGGUUGCUCAGUCUCUUCUAUAGCUUUCUGGUAAUCAAGGUUACCCGCGAUAACGGUGUCAGUGCCCUUAAUUACUUUUGCACAUCGACCUGGGUUAUGUUAUCUCUAUUCUUCUUCCUACUCGCUGCAGCACCAGAGACAGCCCGUAUCAGAAGGUUCAUCACAACACUUUCCCUACAGUGCCUCGGCUCGUCAUCUGCCAUGUCCGUCGGGGUUCUAUUUUACUGGCCAGAUAGAUUUGCAAAUCCAGAACAUAUUAUAGCACAUUAUUUACCCACAAUCUUGGUCGCAUCAAUCGCUCGCAGAAGUAGGAUUAUGUUACGACCGUUCCAGGUCUUUACGAUAUCGAAUACAUGGCCUAUCCUAUACUUACUUUCCACAAACGAUACGUCGGAAGUGUAUGGUCUGGAGUUCCCUAAUAAAACCUACACGGUUCCGGUUGCUCUACUGCUCCCUGUGCUUAUCGUUUGCUGCUGA